AUGCCAAACAUCCACAUGUUCCAGACAAACAGCUUGAAGGAGAAAGAAGGGGCACUGGAUAAGGGUGGCAUCAGGGAAGACCCGUCUGGUCUUCUCUCUGCCCUGCAGUCAUCGGUCACCAAGACAUGGGGUCCUGUCUGUCCCCUGCCAGCAAAUACCUUCUCUCUUGUGAUCUUCCUCAGGGGCUCCAGCUCCUCAAAGAUGUCUCCUGACAGAGGAGAAUGCCAAGACUCAGGAGUUUACAAGCCUCUGUACUUCUUUUUGGUGUUUGUCCUUUACAUCCUCAUUAUCAUAGUCAACUUAACUUUGAUCUUUAUUGUGACAGUGGAUAAAAGCCUCCAUGAGCCCAUGUACAUUUUCCUCUCUCAUCUGUGUGCCAAUGGACUCUAUGGGACGGUUGGUUUUUACCCCAAUUUUUUGCUGGAUUUGCAAUCUGAUGUUCACAUGAUAAGCUACAGUUGGUGCUUGAUUCAAACGUAUGUGAUUUACAGCUCUGCGAUGUGUGAAAUGACCAUUUUAACAGUGAUGUCUUAUGAUCGCUAUGUGGCUAUUUGCAGACCACUGCAAUACCACAGCAUUUUGACUCCACGUGCUGUGUUAAAGUUGCUUGUAUUAGCCUGGGCUUAUCCUCUCUUGUCAGCAGCAAUAGUUAUUCUCCUUACUUCUAGAAUAUCCAUUUGUGGAUAUCACAUUCAUAAACUAUUCUGUGACAAUCCUUCAAUAGUAAUGUUGGGGUGUUAUCGAGCAAUAGCCAACCAGGUAUGGAGUAUGGUAGUUAUUUCAGUAUAUCUUAUACAGUUUGUUUUCAUUUUAAUUUCUUAUGCUCUCAUUGUUCAGGUUUGUAUAUCAUCCACUGAGGGUAGAGCAAAGUUCAGUAAAACAUGUGUGCCUCAUAUAAUGGUUAUGGUUAUAUAUAGUGUAACCGUAUUGUUUGAUGUAUUUUAUAGCUGGGGUGGUUCAGUAAAUCUUCCAAUUGGUGUGCGUAAUGCAUUGGCUAUACAAUUUCUGAUUCUUCCUCCCCUACUGAACCCAAUAAUUUAUGGCCUACAACUUCCACAGAUUCGAAAAAUGUUGCAGUACAGACUGUGA